AUGUGGAUGAUUGCGAGGGGUGGUAAGCUACUUAUCAAGCGGACGAGGGGUGUAAAUUGUGUCCCUGGAGGUCUCGUGCCGCACGGUCGAGUAUUCUAUUCGGUGCUAGUGGGAGAUGAACUGAACCUCAAGCGGCUGCCCAAUUCUCUAGUCACAAAGGCUGAAUCCUAUAGCAAGGAGCUAACAUUACUGGAGGAGUCCCUUUCGAGGGGGGAAACCUUUGAUGAGGACAAACAGAUACGGUACUCGAGAGUGUCCGCCGUGACGGACACGUUAGGCCACUACAGGUCGAUCCUGGGGAACAUUAGAGAGCUGAACGGCAUGAUGGCGACGGACCCGGCUCUGAAGUCCGAAGCAGAGGCUGAACUGAGAGAACUGAUUCCACGGUUCAACGGAUACGCGGAGAGGUUACUCGGCGAGCUUCUUCCACCGCCCGCGUUUUCAGGGAAGCCGUGCCUCAUGGAAUUGCGACCUGGAGUCGGCGGAGUCGAGGCAAUGAACUUCACGCAGGACCUUACGAACAUGUACAUCAAUUACGCACACAAGAAACGGUGGAAGUACCACAUCCUGUCCCAGCAAAGCAACGAAUCCGGGUCCGGGCUCAUCGCAGCCGUUCUCAGCAUCGACGAACCUGGGUCGUACGACCGUCUCCGCUUCGAAUCCGGUGUGCACCGAGUGCAACGGGUUCCGGACACAGAGACCAAGGGCCGGACGCACACUUCUACAGCAGCAGUCGUGGUGCUGCCACAGAUGGGCGAGGAAUCCGCGAAGGAGGUGGACGCCUACGAGCGGACUUUCAAGCCGGGGGAAAUCAGAGUCGACGUCAAGCGCGCAAGCGGGAAGGGUGGCCAGCACGUCAAUACUACGGACUCCGCAGUAAGACUGACGCAUAUCCCCUCUGGGAUCGUCGUCUCGAUGCAAGACGAGCGGUCGCAGCAGAAGAACCGCACCAAGGCGUUCACCCUGCUGAGGUCCCGACUUGCGGAGAAAGAGAGAUCGGAAAAGGAGGCACGCGAGAGGGCCGCCCGCAGGGAACAGGUUACCACGACGAAUAGGUCAGACAAGAUCAGAACGUACAACUACCCGCAGAACAGGCUCACGGACCACCGUUGCGGGUUCACCUUGCAUGAUAUCCCGGGCGUCCUUUCGGGCGAGCGUCUUGACGAGGUUAUCAAUGCAAUGACCCAAUUCAACACCGCGGAGCAAGCCAAGCGACUGCUGAACGACGACAGUUGA